AGUCACCUCACUUCACCCAGCAGCAACCUCCAUUUUAACUCCGACACCGAGCCGCACCUCACGUGUCCUGGGCUGUCUCUCUCACAUGACCCGAGUGUUUGUUCCCGUGAUCAGCACUUCCAUCUCCGUCUGUGACAUCGAAUAUCACUUUUUAUUUGAACCCUGAUGGAUAUGCUCGAACAGGGUCUGGACAACGCAAGCCAAGAAAAACAAGAGGAAGAAGUCGUCCUGGCACCCGAAGACGGAACUGGAGAGGAGCAGACAGCUGUCACAAUAGCCAGCGUUCAGCAGGCUGCAGCAUUUGCUGACCAUAACAUACAAUAUCAGUUCCGCACAGAGGGUGGCCAGGUGACGUAUCGUGUUGUUCACGUGACUGACCCACACCUCGAAGGAAGAGAUGAGUCGGGUGGAGCAGUGAGCGUUGUCUCAACAGCUGCCUUCACUGGGGCUUCUCAGGCUGUUGCACAGGCUGUGAUCCAAAACCCUUUCAGUAAUGGAGGAAGCCCAGCAGGAGACACAGUGGGAGGGGAGACCCGCUUUGCUUACUUCCCCGCAACUGCGGUGAGCGACGGGACUGUGUCUGUGCAGGCCGCCACGGACCCCACACAGGCAGGAGGUCAGUUUUAUGUGAUGAUGACUCCUCCUGAUGUCAUUCAGACAGGCACACCACGAACCAUCGCCCCACGCACACAACCCUACCCUGCAGAUGAAAACGAGCUGCUCCAGCACGAAGGUUUAAACUGGAAAAUGGAUGGACCCCGAACACCAAGAGAUGAAAGGAGAAGAGCACAACAUAAUGAAGUUGAGAGGCGGCGAAGAGACAAGAUCAACAACUGGAUCGUUACACUUUCCAAGAUCAUCCCAGACUGCAGUAUGGACAGCACCAAGACCGGAGCGAGCAAAGGAGGCAUCCUGUCCAAAGCUUGCGACUAUAUCCGUGAGCUAAGGCAAAGCAACCAGCGACUGCAAGAGAGUCUGAAGGAGGUGGAGAGGAUACAAGUGGACAACGAGCUGUGCAGACAGCAGAUUGAAGAGCUGAAGAAUGAGAACGCGCUGCUCCGAGCUCAACUCCAGCAGCACGGGAUCGAGAUGGUUGGAGAGACGCCGCCGCAGUGAAGGACAUGAAAGGAACGAGGAGGAGCUCUGACCACUCAGACACAUUAACUGACACGGUGGAAAAUGAGAGAGAGAGAUGAUUAUUGAAGGACUUAUGGAGAAUCAUGUGUCCUUCCCGGGGUUCCCAGGUCGUGAACCCCUCAUCAGCCUUUUGAGGCUGUAUUUGACUGUUUCAAUCCUAUUGAGAUAACCACCCGUUGCAACUCAGUAGAAAAGUGCUCCAAGAAAAGAUGUCCACUCGGCCUCCGUCAGAGUGCUCUACUAGCACUAGCUUUGAAAAACGAACCUCUGCUGAACUUCCCCCUGGUUUUGUAUUUAAGUAGCCUCACCAAUGGACUAUGAUGUUUGUCUUUUAAUUUUGGUCCCUCACCAGAACACUUUUCCCCACCAAUUAUGAAUUUUGACUUAGUUCUUGCUUUUAUUCUGUUUGUGUUUUUGAGUUCUGUGUUAUGAUGUUGUUUUUAGCUCUUCUAAUUUAUUAGUCCGCUUGCUGACGGCAGCCUUGAUGGAGACCAGUUACGUUGAAUAUUGAAUUUGUAAGUGAGAAAAACAUCAAAGUAUGCAAAACAUGAUUCUGCAGUCUGAAAAAAUGUGACACACAUAGACCCAAAGACGGACAAGGGCUGACGCUUUUGCCCUGAUUUAUGUAAAUACGACUUCUCAUGUUUUAAUACGGAUGUUACACAAUGUUAGCUCUGGGAGUAAACAAUCAAUAAGUUAUUAACUCCACACUGGCCCUUCGUCGUAAUGAUUAACAUAAGCGUGCAAUCUUGAAGCUUGAUUUGAGAAAAGAACGUGGUAUACUUGAAUGGUUGGGCAUUUGCUUUACUAGAAAAAAAUCUGUCAAGUCCAACAGUACGUACAACUGAAAAUGUAAAAUGCAGAUGGGAUGUCUGAGUGGGACGUGGGCCGGAGAGGAUCGCCUUGCAAAUCCCAACUUCUGCCAAAUUAUAUUUAGGUUUUGUCCAUUUUUAGUUCCAUUGCCUGUUCUCUUGUUAUUUACCGGCAUCUCGAUACGUGUAAGAAUAAUCCCCACAUGUUUCUGUUCAAGCUGUUUGGUCUAUUUUGGUAUUGCAACACAUCAAAUGGAGCUCUUCGCACAAGGGGAGGGAGGCACCCUGGAAAGCAGGAUUCAAAGACUCUGCUCACUACGGAAGAGGAGAACACAGACAUUCUGUGUUCGACUCAACUUGGGAAGUAGAAAACUUGGAAGUUAGCUCUCGUUUCUCCACCCUCUCAGGCGAACAAGAACUAAACUGUAAUUGGUUGUACAAACGACAAAAGCCAACAUUAACAUUGUUGAUGAUUUUUGUGUGUGAAUAUACAUGAGAUAUUUUUGUUCCGCUCUGGGCAAUGUGAGUGAAAGUUGGUAGAGGGAUGUCGAGCUUCAGAGCCACUUAUUAGAGCGCCCCGCCCCCGCACCCCCUGUAUCAACAGCUCAGGAUCCAGCAAAGCAAAACCAACUCUCAGACCCCUGGCAAAAUCAGGCCGACUAUCACGUUUUAAUAUCUCAGACUCUGUAAGUUAACAGCUUGCGCUUUGGAAGUGCUGUUCCGCUACAACUGCUAGAUUUAAACCUGAUAGGGAUAGUGCAAGUGUCUGAUCCAUCAAACGAGGCUGCUGGCCAACAUUGAGUGAUAGAUGUUUUGCAAUAGAUUUUUUUUUUCACACCUUGGCAGGAGGAGAGUACAGAAUGUGAAGACAUGAAUAAUGCUUUGGAAGAUGGAUGUUCACAAAUGAAAGGUCAUUUGUGGCUAAUUCCUUUUUUCAGCAUUUCUUUUUUGAAAUGGCAAAAGGAAGAAAAAAAGACUUUUUUUCUCUCUGUAGCAGCCUCACUGUUCUCAGGUUAGAGACAUCUUUUCUAAGGAAAAGCAGUGGAAAAUAAAACUUUCACUAAUAAUCUU